AUGUUGACCAAAUCGUUGUUACUUAUCGUACUUACAUUCCUCGGUAUCGUUACCUGUUUACCUGUAAACGAUGACUCAACUGGCGUGGUAGGUCCAGAUGGGAAAAGAUGUUUAGGACAAUGUUAUCCAGGUAAAAGGGACGAGACCGAACCAGCCAUUGCUCAAACUUUCGUAGCGUCUGAGAUUGGUCCAGAUGGUAAGAGAUGUCUGGGACAAUGUUAUCCUGGUAAGAGGGAAGUGCCACCUGUUGUGCCAGCUGGCGAGAUCGGACCGGAUGGUAAAAGAUGUUUGGGACAAUGUUCUCCCAUGAAACGAGUGGAAGAAGAAAGAAGAUGUGUUGGACAAUGUGCUCCACCAAAGAGGGACGACGAACCCAUCCUCCCCAAGAGAUGUAUUGGUCAACAGUAG